AAUCAUGUACUGUAUUUAAUGAGAGACCAUGUUCUUGUCACUUUCUGGAAAUGCUCAAAAGUUAAAAUAAUGUGAAGCACCUAAUGGUUUUAACAUAUACUGUAUUUCAAUGUAAAUGACGCAACAUUGCUUUAACUGUAACUGCAAAGAGAAAACACCAAAGAUUCUUUAACACAAAGCAGGGAAGUCUUAAUUGUAGGGACCAAGCAUUGGGGAUUGGACUGCAGCAUUGUAGCCUGCAGUCACGGAGAAUGUGGCUCCCUGCAGGAAUCAGGGAAUCCUGGAAUCACUCUAGUGGAGGGGACCAAACUGAGAGCAAUAGAUGCAGGAGAUGAGGUGGGUGGAUGUGAAGGAAAAUCUGACUUCUCCAACAUCUGCGGACCUCACUCCUAAUGGAACCUGGAGGUCCUGAUGAUUCUGAAUGUUUGGUCAGGCAACCCAAGGGAGGCUUGAGUCUACAUGGGAGUGAUUUGCUGAGGAUCUUCUUGUCAAAUUGCAAAGGUCAGAAGGAGGAACAGGUGAAGUCUUCAGUGCUCAGAAUAAAUGGAGAACAAAGAUCUGCCUCUCAUCGCAAAUGAGUUUCAGGAAAAUGGAUCAAUGUAUGAAGAAUCACUUGAGUUUGAUGGAAGGAAUCUCUCAAAGCUGAACCUUUGUGAAGAAAGACCAACUGGAAGGCGAGGGGCCGCAAGCAAUUUUUGCAACCACUGGAACUCAAUGGCAGGAAUGAAGUGUGCGAUAGUAGUCCUGUAUCUCCUGGUUUUCCUCAUUUGUAUUGGAAUUAUCAUUGUUGCAGUUCCCAGAUACCAACCUCCAUCUUCUGAUUGGAAAAUAUUAACAGAAAACGUCACAAACUUAGGUGAAGGCUUCAAAGACAUGCGUCAAACAAUGGAGCAGAAGGCACCCAAGGAAGAUGUCAUGGAUAAUAUUUUCAAACUGCAGGAGCUUUUCCAGAAUCACACAAUCCUAUUCCUUCAAUUGAGUCAGUCUGUCCAGAAACUGGAAAACAAGUUACAGAGUUUUGAGGCACGCAUGGAUGACAUUAAUGCAUCUGUGAAUGAUUUAGAUGAUGAUUUACAACAGUUCAGUUCAACAAAUAGACAAGAGAUAUACAAUUUGUCUAUAAGUAUAAACAGUGCACAGGGUAUACUGCGACACCAGCAAGCAAACUUGAAACAAAUAACAUCAAAUGUAGGAAAUCUUAGCAGGCAGAUGAAGGAGGCACGUUGGACACUAAAUGCAGUCAAUGGCACCUUCACAGAGGAUAUAAGCAUCCACCAUGCAAGUCUACUGCAGCUUCAAAUACAAGUUGCAAAUGUGUCAGAAGAUGCAAAAAUGUUGAAAGUCAUUCAGCAAAAUAUAGAGAAACAACUGAAAGAUGAGGUAGCCAUACUCAGCAAUGUCACAGAAGACCUGAGACUGAAAGACUGGGAACAUUCAAUUACCCUGAAAAAUCUUACCUUAGUGCAGGGGCCUCCUGGGCCAAAAGGUGAAAAGGGUGAUGACGGAUUGGAUGGACUUCCUGGACUCACUGGUGUAGCUGGGAAAAGAGGUUUACCUGGCUUGACAGGAGCACCUGGAAUACCAGGCCUCAAAGGAGAUCCAGGAGAACGUGGCCUACCUGGAUUUUCUGUCAAAGGACAAAAGGGAUCAUGGGGUCGUAGAGGAGAGAGAGGAAGAAAAGGAGAAAAGGGGGAGAAAGGUGAUCAAGGAGAACUUGGACCUAUCAUAAGACUGGUGAAUGGAUCAGGACCUCAUGAAGGCAGGGUGGAGGUUUUCUAUGACCAGCUCUGGGGAACAGUGUGCGAUGAUAAAUGGGACAAACAGGAUGCUGAAGUGGUCUGCAGGAUGCUCGGUUAUAAAGAAGCUUAUGAAAUUCACACGGCAAAUAAAUUUGGUCAAGGUACUGGUCAUAUCUGGAUGGAUGACGUUGCUUGUACAGGAGCUGAGGAGACUAUUCUUCAAUGCAAAUUCUCAGGAUGGGGAAAAACUAACUGUGGGCAUGCAGAGGAUGCAGGAGUAGUCUGCAAGAUUGACUGAUUUGGAAAGGGAAUCAUUGAUCAUUUAAACAUUUUCAUUUUAAAUGGUAUUUGUUUCGGCUUUGAUUUCUCUUUUAUUGUUAAAAACCCUGUUAAAGGUAAACCCAUUUUUCAUAAUUUAAUCAUUUAUUUCACAUUAUCUAUGAAAAGCAGUUAUAUUCAAGAAAUACUAUGUGUGAAAAAGACCAUUAUUAUUAAUAGUUAUAUUGUUUGAUAAUCACAAUUCUUUGCACUGAAGAAUAUGGACCCAAAUUUUAUUGUACUUGUUACUGGCAUGACUUUGAAAAGCAGCAAUAGAAGAAUACAUUAUUACUGUCAUUUGUUCCUUCCAUUAAGUUGGUGUUGAAUUACUAGCUAUAUGUUAGAAUGAUCUGGGGUAUAUUGGCAUUCCAAGAUGUUCAAACAAAACCUGCAUUUGAUAUACGAAUAUUUAUUUUUCCAAGAUGGCAUCUCAAAUAUUCCAUUCAUUAACUGGUUUGACAUAAGAAUUAUAUCCUCACCCAGAGUUCAUUGCAAUUUUGUCUAAGGAUUAACCACUUUGAGUGAUGCAGUGCUGCAAUAUGCAAAGCCUGCAACAUAACUUACAACAAAGGAAUGAACUGAAUUGUGCUAGUAGCUUCUCACAUAGCAUGUUUCUAACUAAAGGAUAUUAGAACAUAGGACAUAGGAUUGCAGACUAAGUUAUUGACCCCUCAAGAUUCUACCUCCAUUCAACUGGAACACAGCUGAUCUGCACAGCAAUCAUAAUUAUCUGCCUUUAUUCCAGGGAAUGGAUUUUACAAGAUGCCGAAGUAGAAGCCCAGGGGAAAAACAGCUGGCCUUCAGCGAGUUAACAGUCAAUUGGCUUGAAAUAGACUGUCAGUGGAGUUUCCAUGCUUCAGAGAUAUGAAGUUCCACUUAAAAUGCAGCCAGCUAAUCAGAUGCCAAAUGUCUUCCAUGACUAGCAGGGGCACCAGGCACUGAGGUCAUUCUCAAUGCUUCAUUCAUGAUCAACAGACACUCGCAACUGGGUGUGGCACUUGCAGUAUGAGGGGCCAUAAAGUGACGGACAGUGGUAACACAUUAGGAGCCAUUCUAUGGACCCAGGGGCAUGUUAGAUGGUGCCCUUCCCCUGCCCAUCCCAACCUAUAUAGGGAAGCCUAUGAGCUUAGGAUGAGGUGGCCUCUCUUGUUGUUUGUAAUCUCAUCACUUAAGGGUCUUAAUCAGCCCACUGGUAGCUGGCUGCUGAAUGUCUCUUCCUCCACUGCUAAAACCACAGGAGGGGCAGGGACAAUUGGGUUGCAGUGGGCAGGCUGGCAAACUUUAAACAUCUUUAAACAAUCUUUACACUGGUAGGGCAAUGCAAAGUCCAGAACUAUACUUCUGUUAAUUCUAAGAAACAAAUAUUGAUCUCAAUCUUUGAAAGCUUAAUUGACACAAGAUCCACAGACUUAUGGGAGAUUGUUACUAGUUUCCUCAUGAAGUUCUCUCAGAUUAUAUUAAAGAAUUGUUUGGCUUUAAUUUUAAGGUUAUUCACUUUUGUUCUGGAU